UCUUCGUAUUCCUGAUAAAAUUAACCCAUAAACCCACCUCAGGUCAAUUGCCCUCGCAACUCCCAACGCAAGACGCUGCUCCUUCCUCCCUCGCAAGGACCUUUAAUCCCUGGAUUUCCGUCUGGAACUCAGCUUCGUCCCCAUCACGCAAAUCACACCCGCUCUGUUUGUCUGCAACUUCUGAAAAAUUUUCCCGGACUUUCAUCUCUCUCUCGCUCGUGUUGGAAUGUUCUUGCUCGAUUGGAGAUGCACAAUGUACCAGCAGCUUGACAGCUUCCCUCUUGAUUAUGGUUUUAAUUAACUGCUCGACUUUUCCUUUGUCAAAUCUGAUUCAAAUCGGAGGGUGUCCUCAUCCAUGUAAGAAAUUUAGAUUAGUCAUCUUCACAGCUUGACUAAUUCAGUGGGAGGGUGAAGACAGGCAGAGGGACAGAGGUUGACAGAGAGAACCAGCAACUAUCCACCAUCAACCAUGUCGUUCAUGAAAGGAGAUCUUCUGACAAGAACUAGGAAGCUCGUGAAAGGUCUUGCCAAGGCCAAACCCAUAUGGCUUAAAGCCAUGGAAGAGGCUCCACCUGUGACAUUCCCUUGUACUGAUGGAAAAGUGGAGAAAAUCAGUCUUCCUGAGGAUAUCUAUAUAAAGAAGUUCUUUCAAAAACAUCCAGAUUCUAAAUAUGAAGAUGCUAUCAGGUUUUGCGGCUUUGAUCCCCCUCCUGCUCGUGUCUUUGGUUGGCGAGUACUUGAGCUGAAAGAACAGGGAGUAAGCGAAGAGGAAGCGAUGGCCAUUGCUGAUAUGGAGUACCGAGCAGAAAAGAAAGCAAAGAAGCAAGCAUAUAAACGGCUGAAGCAAAUUGCACGUCUCCAAGGAAAGAAGCCACCACCAAACCCAUAUCCAAUUGCUAUCAAGGAAAUACAGGCUGAGGAGAAGAAGUAUGUUCGUGACCGUUUCUUCAAUCCCAAGAUACUAGAAAUUGUGCAGAAAUUGAAAGAAGAGAAGGCAGCUGAGAUGCAAGAGAGAAUGAGGGGAGGUGGUUGGUAAUUUCAAUUUGCCUGACUGCUCCAACAUAAAAGCUCAUCUAUGGCAUCUUAAACCCAAAGCCUAAUAAAAUCUUGGCCUGUAGGGGGGUCAGCAUUUUUUAUUUAGGAUCUUUAGCAUGGGGUUAGUUAUAUUUUUAUUUUAUUUUCUGUGGAUGUGGAUCUUGCAUUAUGAAGUACUUGACCAUUUUAGAUUUUGUAAGAAUGGGACGCGUGAGAAUGCCUCUCCUUUGAUUCAGUCCAUUAAUUUUACUUGCUUGAAA